AUGGUAGAAAGCACCUAUGCGAGUGAUUCGCCCAGAUCGCGUUCUCCCAUGACGGAGCCGUCGAGUCCUCUUCAAGAUGGUCCCGGAAUAUCCGGUUAUGGUCAUCGUUAUCUUUACAAUUAUUCACCUGAGAGUUUGCAACAGAAGUUGAAGGGUAACGACGAGCAGAACAAUGUGUCUGGAAGAAGGCACGAUAUCGAUGGACGUGACAAAACGUUCUCCAGGAGUCCAGUGAGCUCGGAUGAGAUGCGAUUCAGACCACGAGAGGUUUCUAGACCGAGUUCCUCCGCCACGAUGUCCUCCCCUACGUCUGCCUUCACCAUCGAGAAUAUUUUAGCGCCUAGACCCAUUGGAAAUAUGACACCCACCAGUACUGGUGGCCUAGGGUCUAUCAUUCAGAACCCGGAAGCCGUAGGAUCGCCAUCGAGAACCACAGCGAUGCAUCCGCUACAACAGCAGAUCCAUCAUCUGGCCUUCACGUCCGCCGAUUUGUUUGCUGCAGCAUAUCCUAGUUUAUACUCCGGCGGUUACGUAGCAGAAAUGGCAGCCGCCGGCGUUUCUCUUCACGGUCAGCCGGCGUUCUAUCACGCGGCUCAUCCCUAUCAAAUAAAUCCAAACGCAGCGGCGAUAGGACCUAUGGCGAAGAGGAAGCGUCGCCACAGGACGAUAUUCACAGAAGAACAGCUGGAACAACUGGAAGCAACAUUCGACAAGACACACUAUCCAGACGUGAUCUUGAGAGAACAACUCGCUCUUCAGGUCGAUCUCAAGGAAGAAAGAAUCGAGGUGUGGUUCAAGAACCGACGUGCCAAGUGGCGUAAACAGAAACGGGAAGAACAGGAACGUAUGCGGAAACUUCAGCUGGAGCAACGUCAACGAGCCGACGACAACGUGCCCACGCCUACGGUCAAAGUGGCCGAUCAUUUGACGUUGACCAGGCAGCAACAGCAACAGCAGCAACAACAACACGAACAGGACACCGACAGCUCGGACCUAGAAGUGGCGUAG